AUGUCUGAUAUUGAGAUGAACAGCGGGAAGCUGCAGCAGCACGGGCGUGUGUUUUCCGAUCAGUUGGCAUCUCCUCAGGCUAGUGGGAGAAUCCGAAAUGGUAGUGCGAUGGAGUUGGGACCCGUUUCUAUGUAUUCACAAAUGGUUAAGGAUGUGUGGAGGGGCAAAAAGUUUAGUCUCAAGGAGCUUGAGGUUGCAACGAAUGGAUUUUCGAAACAAAAUCUGAUUGGCAAUGGGGACUAUGGAAUUGUUUAUCAUGGCAUUCUGUUCGAUAAUACGCGCGUGGCAGUGAAAAGGCUAGUGAGUGACAGAUUUCAAGUCGAGGACUUCAUAGCAGAAAUGGAGGCAAUUGGGUUCGUGAGGCACAAAAAUCUUGUCAAGUUGCUUGGAUACCACAUCGAAAGAGCCUACAGGUUGCUUGUGCAUGAGUAUGUAGAUAAUAAAAGUCUGCACCACUGGCUUCACGAAUGCUCGAAACUAGUCAGCCCUCUAACGUGGAGCAUUCGGUUGAAAAUAAUCCAAGGAAUCGCAAAAGGAUUGGCCUACCUGCACGAGGAUAUAGAACCGAAAAUCCUACACAGAAGCCUAAUAUCUAGCAACGUGCUGCUUGAUCACCAAUGGGAUCCUAAGGUCUCGGAUUUUGGCCUAGCUAAGCUCUACAAUCCCGAGUGGGGAAUCAAUAUAAUGGAAUCAUUAGGGUUAUUCAGUUACAUUGCUCCGGAAUAUGCUUCUACCGGUGAUUUCACUGAGAAGUCCGAUAUUUAUAGCUUUGGAGUACUCGUAAUGGAGAUCAUAACGGGGAGGAGUCCUAUAGAUCACAGUCAACCCCAACCAUAUGUGGUUGACUGGUUAAAGUCCAUGGUUGCGGGACAGAAAGUUGCUUGCGUGGUUGACCCUAAAAUGCCGGAGAAGCCAUCUUUGAAGGAACUCAAAAGGGUGCUUUUGGUUGUUCUUCGUUGUGUUGAUCCCGAUUCAGAACAUAGGCCUCAAAUGGGAGAAGUUAUUCACAUGCUUGAGCUGCGUGACUUGAUGUUCUGCGAUUCAAGAACAGGAUCAAUGGCUUAA